CUAUAUAUAAACUUGGUUUCCCAUCACCCAUUUCUGCAAAUCAAACCCAGAAUUCAACUGUUUCAUCUUUCUGCAAAUUUUCCAGGAAUCCCAAAAACUUCCCGUCCAUUUCCUUAGUGAAAAAAUAAAACAUGAUGAGAAGCGAACAAUACGAACGUGUUCUUCGUUACUUCGACAGAGAUGGAGACGGGAAAAUCUCGGCAUCGGAGCUUAGCCAUAGGCUAGCCUUAAUGGGCGGCGAACUGAAGUUAACCGAAGCAGAGGUGGCGGUGGAAUCGUUGGACUCGGACGGCGACGGGUUAUUGGGGUUGGAGGAUUUCAUAGGGUUGAUGGAAGCAGGAGGGGAAGAAGAGAAGAUGAAUGAUUUGAAAGAAGCGUUCGAGAUGUACGAUGUCGAUGGGAACGGGUUCAUCUCGCCGAGGGAACUUAAGUCAAUGUUGACGAAACUCGGUGAGUUUAAAUCCAUCGAUGAGUGCAAGACGAUGAUCAAACGAUUCGAUCUUAAUGGCGAUGGUGUUAUCAGCUUCGAGGAAUUCAAGCUGAUGAUGCAAUGA